AUGGAGACUCCUCAGGCUGCUCCUCAGGCUGCUCCUCUUGCUGAGCUGAAAAAAGUGUUGCUAUAUUUAUGUUCACGCGAGAGGAUUGUCAACAAGAUAACAGAACAACUACAGAAGCACCUUCCGUAUUCUACACCAGAAGAAAUCAGGAGAAUUGCUGUCAAGUUCGAGGAGAAACUUUUCAGCAGUGUUGUCAAUCAGACUGGUUAUCUCCGGUCAAUAUCCAUGAAGAUGCUAACUGUGGAGACUAAAUAUCAAACUACAGUUGUUUCUUCUUCUUUUUCUUUACCUUUUCCUGGUGCUUAUAACAGUUUACCCUUGAAUCUAGGUUGUCAUAAGAUGAGAAUCGAAGGCCCGUUCAAAGCAGAGCCUGCUGUGAACAAAAGUGACUGGAGAACUUGUCUGCCACCGGAUUCACGCAAGAAUAAUGCCAACAAAAAUAAAGAACUAACUCAAAGAUUUGAAGUGGUCUUUUGCAUGUGA